GGCGCUUUCGCAACGAUGUCAGCCUGUGAUGUGCCAGCAGAGGAGCGGCCGCAGCAGGUGCAGCAGCACGCUGCCGACAAAGAUGAGCAGCGGCCUGGUUCGAACGAGGACCACCAGAUGCAGACGACAAGUGAGGAGGAGGGGCACGUCAGCGAGGGCAUGGAGCAGUGGUGGCGGACGGUAUGUACUCAUAUAUACGGGAAAACGGCACACAUGUAUGUGCGGGAGUCCAGUCAUGAACGACGCUGCUGGCAUCGCGCGUGUGUGUUUGCAGAUGGAGGAGUUACCGAUGGAUUUCGACAAGUGGAUGACGGCCAUCAAGGCCGCUGAACAGACGGUCAGCGGCAGAUAGAUGUACAGACAGACAGACAUGCAUGCCACGAACAGACAGAAAGGCAGUUACUGUGCGCAUACUUGCAUCAUGUGGCCGUGCUGCAUGACAGACAGACACCGCACUCAUGUCUGUCUGUCUGUCUGUCUGUCUGUCUGUGUGUGUUGAUGAGAUCAGGAGAGGGCAGACGACGUGCGGGAAACAUACAAAAGGGUACGGCGUGCCAUUCCACACACGACAGACAGACAGACAGACAGAGAAGCGGCAUGCGGCUUGCACGCGUUUGUUUGUUUGUUGUGUUGUGUUCAUCAGUUUCUGCACGAGUUCCCCCUAUGUUACGGCUACUGGAAGAGGUGGGCUGACCUCGAGGGCAAUACCAACCCACAAGAGGCACUCAACGUACGCACACACACACACACACACACGACACACACGACACACGCUGCGUUGAUUGCGUGUGUGUACCUGACUAAGGUGUACGAGAGGGGUCUUGAGAUGAUAGGUCAGAGUGUCGAUCUGUGGCUGCACUACAUCACAUACGUCAUGGACUUACACCAGCACACCACCACCACCACCAGUAGCACACCCGAGGCGCAGCAGCAGCAGCUACGCGACCUCUUCGAAAGGGCCGUGCGGCGGGUCAGUCAGUGAAUACACACAGACAGACAGACAGACAGACAGAACAGACGGACGGUGUUUACUUGUGGCGGCUUACAAGCGUGUGUGUGUGUGUGUUGUGUGCAGGUGGGUCUUGACUGGUCGUCCAAGCCACUGUGGGACAAGUACAUCCAAUUCGAAACGGACAACAAACAGUGGAACAAGGUGGGUGGGUGGGUGGGCACAGAUUGCGCAAGGGUCAGUCAGUCAUCACAGGUGUGGUGUGUGUGCAUCAAUCUCUCUCCUCCAGGUCAGCGGCAUCUUCCGUCGCAUCUUCCAGUCGCCUAUAAACGAGCUGGACAAAUAUAGGCACGCACCCUGACCUGACACACACACUCGUGUGUGUAUCUGCGCGCGUGUGUCUGUCUGUCUGUGUGUCUGUCUGUCUGUCUGUCUGUGUGUCUGUGUGUCAGGGAGCGCUUCCACGAGUGGGCGACUGGCCGUUCCGUGGAGGCCUUGGUGGCGGAGAGUGAGCAGCCGAUGCUCAAGGAACUCAGACACAGGAGACAACGAGAGGUACGCCACGCCAGUCAGUGACAGUGACACACAGAGAGACCCCUCUAUGUCUGUCUGUCUGUCUGUGUAUCUGUGGUUGGUAGGAGGCCAACAAGGAGCGCAAGGCAGCCGAGAAGCUGCAGAGAGAGGAGGGCGAGCGCAUGAAGAGGGAGGACGAAGCCUCCACCAAGUGGGAAAUGGACCUGCGGAGGAAACAAGAGGCCGGUACGCCGUCCGUCCCCACACACCUGCUGGACCCCACCACACAUGGAAGGGUGCAUGGAUGGAUGGAUGGAUGGAUCAGAUCGGCGUGAAGCAGAGGCCGCCCGUGCGCAGGCGGCUCUGUACGCAGAGGAAGAGGAGGGCCAGCUCGACGAGGAAGACGACAAACCUGCUUCCACUGCAGCACAGCCACACACGAAACCGGCUGAGGGCCACACCGCCGCAUCCCAGACAAGCCAGGACGACCCACGGAGCAGGCAACGGAGAGAGGAAAUGGUACGCACACCCACGUAGAGCCCUUCCCCUGUGUGUGUGGGUCCAUCCAUCCAUCCGUCCAUUCCGUGACUGUGUGUGUCAGGACCGUUGGUGUGCAGAAGUGGCUGAGAGUCAGGUCCGUCGGCUCGCCGAGGAGCGCCAGGCGAAAGAAGAGGCCGCGCGCAGGGCCGAGGUCGAGUGGCUGAUGCAGCUACGGUACGGACGGCAGCACCAAGCCAUCCAUCGCACCCACUCGGCACCGAUCGACUCAUCAAUGACACGUGUGUGUUUGUGUUUGUGUGGGUCAGUGAGGACCUGUACCAGGCGACGCUCAAGCACGCCGAAGCGAUAUGGCCGUUCGAAAGACAGGUACCUAGCUCACGGGCGUGGUCCUGCACUCACGCCGUGUGUGUGGUCAUGAUCACAUGUAUCAGAUUCGGCGCACCUACUUCCACCCUAAGCCGCUCGAGUCGGCCCAGCUGCAGAUAUGGCGCGACUACCUGGACUUCGAAAUCAACAAAGUGAGAGAGGCCGGGAGGAAUAUAUAUAGGGAAGGGAUCGUUCCUCUGUCUCAUCUGUGUGUGUGUGUGUGUGUGUGUGAAUCAAUGGUCUGUCAGGGUGACGCCAACCGCAUCACAGCCUUGUUCGAGCGCUGCCUGGUCGCCGCAAACAAUUACGUCGAGUUCUGGGUCAAGUGAGCCGAUACAGACAGACAGACAGACGUGCCUGCCCACAGCGGCACAUUGAUGGCUGGAUGACUGACUGGAUGGAUGGAUGGAUGGACGCGUGUCCUGUCGUGUCGUCUGAGUGCCUGCAGGUAUGCCAAUUGGUGCGAGAGCACUGGUGACAUCGGCGGGGCGCGCCGCGUCUACCUCAGAGGCACGCAGACACACGUCAGAAGACGGUCAGCCACCCACACUCCCACACACAUACACACGGCAUCUCUGUCGUGUGCUGUCUUCGUUUGUUUGUAUGGGUGUGAUUGCUUCAGCCCGGAGCUGCAUCUGUUGUAUGCCGAUUUCGAGGAGAGCCACGGCAAUCCAGAGGCGGCCAGGCGGACACUCAGCAGCGUGCUCGAGUGAGCUGAGCUGCCAAUGUCACAUAGGUGCAUCCGACAGAGAGAGAGCGUGUGUGUGUCCGUGCCGUGCAGCCCAGUGCCAUUGGUUGAGGGCUACUUGCGGCUGAUCCAGCUCGAGAGGCGCCAGCGGAACAUAGCCCAGUGCGUCAAGCUGUACGAAACGGCGCUCGCCGUAUACGUAAGUAGGCGGUGGCCACACACCCACACGCACAUGACAUGCAUGGGUGGGAUGUGCUGUGCUGUGCUUCCAAUACAUACGUCUUUCAUGUGUGUGUGUGUGUGUGUGUGUGGCCAGAGCAAGUCCUCGAUGGGCGAGCUGACGACCUUCCUGACCAUCUCAUUCGCGCGGUUCCUGGCUGACUGGGCGGCAAGUUGGCCGCGGGGUCGCCAGCUGCUCGAGGAGAGAUGGCGGCAGCAGCCGGGCAAGCUCGAGGUGCCCCUGACGCUCAUACAACUGGAGAUGAUGCACGCCAGUAGGCGCACACACACACACAGGAUGAUGCAAUCCCUUUGGAUGGAUGGACGAUACACGUGUGUGUGUGUGUGUGUGUGUGUUCAGGGGAUGAUGCCGCCAGUGAGGACCGCAUCUGCCGGUGGUUCGAGGCGCUCGUCGGCCCACAGCCUGGAAGCAACCAAUCGGUGGGUUGGUGAAGUCACGCGAUUGUUUGCUUCAUUGAUCCCUUCCUUGGUUUCUGUCGUCCGUCAUCCAUCCAUCCAGCUGACUGUGGUUGAGCAGUCUGACAUGUGGACACGCUACGUGGACUAUCUCAGCGGCUACGGAUCGUCGAUGCUCAAACUCAGACGCGUCAAAGUAAGCAAAUGGUCGACAGACACACUCACUGUGCUGCUGCGGCUCCCAUUCUACUCUACCUACAUCUCUCUCGCUGCUGUCUGUCUGCCUCCGUGACGUCAUGCCAUGCAGGACCGUGCGCGCGCCUUCCUGACCACACACCAUCGUGAGCUGCAGAUGGAGUUGGGCGGCCCCGCGGCAGCCAAGGCGGCCAAGGGCGCACGUGCAGGCAACGUCAACCUGUCUCUGCUGCUCAAUGACGGCCGCAAGCGCGCCAAGCGCCAUGACGCCGACCAUUCCCCGCUGGAUGCGGCGCCGCCCAACAAGCGGGCCAAGACAGCCAUGGUGGAGGACCAACAUGGUGGCCAUACCACCACCACCAGCACAGAUGAUGCCGACGCAGCAGCGUGGAGCGACUACCAGAAACAGCUGGCGUCCUACCUGCAGCAGCAGCUGCAGCAACAGGGGAGCCAGCAGAGCACCAAUGGCGUGACUGGCGAUCCCGACGAGGAGACCAUGAAGGAUGAGGACGGGGAGGGAGAGGGCGAGGGGGGGAUGAGUGCCGAGGCGCAGGCCGCUCUGGCCGCCAUAGCGUGCAUGCCGCAGCUGCAGCAGCACCUCCAGCUGCUCCAACAACUGCAGCAAGGCGGCCAUCUGGAGGAGGGAGGGGAGCAGCCACACGACAGUAGCGGACAGAUGGACGAAGGGAUGGAAACACAUUCAUGAACAAUUAGAAUACACCGCGAGAGACGAAAAGGAUACUAUAUCAAUCGAACAGCGAACGUUUGCGUGCUGCGUCCGCGAGGUGGAGACAGCAAGCUUUGGCCAUUUCACGUCCAGACCAG